CGCUAUUAAUAUACAUUUCGGAAAUAUCUUGAAAUUUUGAAGAAGUUUUAUAUAAAAAAGUAUUAGAAUGCGGCCUAAUACGUUGCGUGUUGGUGAUUGGGAGCUAAAGGGCCAUCUUGGGCAAGGGGGCUUCGGCGAAGUGAAGCAUUGGAAAAACCGCAAAACAAACCAGGAAAUAGCCACCAAGCACAUCAAGCAUGACAUACAAGACAAAAUAACCGUUGAUCAGCAGGAAACUAUGAAAAAUCGCUGGCUGCAAGAGUUUGAAUGGUCGCGCAAAUUCAAAAAGGCUUUCAUUGUAGCUGGCAUUGAACUGAGCAAUGAUUCGAAGGCGUUAAUUGAGUACUUAAAUCGCAAUCACGUCUGGAGGUUGCCCGUUAUAGUACUCGAGUAUUGCAAUGGGGGAGAUGUACGAAAACUUUUGGAAAAACCACAAAAUGCAAACGGACUGUCGGAAUUUGAAGUGCGCGAGAUAUUAUUUUCUCUUCGACAAGCCAUUGACUUCUUGCACACCAACUGCAAAAUCUGCCACCGCGACCUAAAGCCAGAUAAUAUUGUGAUACACCAUACGGGCAAUGGUCGCAAAAUGUUCAAACUAACUGAUUUUGGUCUGGCGCGCGAUUCUCCGGAGAAAACGACUCAGCAAAGCGUCGUUGGCACUAGGCAUUAUUACGCACCCGAGGUGGUAGACACUGGCAAGUACAAGGAGACGGUGGAUUACUGGUCAAUGGGCGUGAUUGCCUACGAGGUGGCAACUGGUGUGUUGCCCUUCAUACCCCACCAAACUGCUGUCAAUAUUCAUAUCAAUAUUAAGAAAAAGAAUCGCGACUGUAUUGCCAUAACAGAAGAUUUUGAGAAUCCGAAUCGCUUUUUCUUUCAUAACGAUAUACCCAUUGGACACCAUUUGAGCCAACCGUGGUUGGCGAAAUUUAUUAAGUGGCUGCGCCUGGCACUCGACAACGAUCAUUCAAGACGUGGCGCCCUGACAGCAACUGAUGAAGUACAAGAUGGAGUUGCAGGACCUGCAAUAUUUACUCAGGUCGAUCGAAUGCUGCAGAUGAAAGUACUGACUGUUUUUGUUGCGAGCAUCUACAAGCUCCUGCAAUACGAAUUGAUGCCCGACAUGAAGCUGCAGGAAUUGGUAGAGCUAAUUGCACGCGACACAAAAUUGGACAUGAGUACGUUUUAUUAUGUGCUACCUACGGGUCAUCCACACAAGCGUGUGACUGCAGAAACCAAACCCAUUGAUCUCUAUGUAGACGAGUGGCGAGAUAGUAGUGAGGAAUCUCGGAAUCCACCAGUUAUGCUCUACAUCUUUAAUGUAAUGGAAAAGCCAACAUUUAAGCCACCCGAGCCAAAUAUUCCCAAUGGGCUAAAGCAUUUCUUUAAUCAACGUGAUAUCAAAUUAGAAAAGUGGCGUGCUAGACGCAUGAUAUUGGAUAUGCAUUAUAUGCUUAGUACAGAGCAAGCACUCGCUAAAAUGCUACUUUGUGGAUAUAAGGAGUAUGCGCUCUCUCUGGAGCACGACAUUCUCGAGUGUCAGCCCAUGAUUAAAGCUUUAGAAAGAGAAAAGGAUAAGUGGUGUGGUGCUAUUGAGCAGUUUCAUGCCCUAAUAACUGCUGCAAAAGAACAGAACAAAUUUCAAUUGGGCAAUAACCAAGAAUGGCAAUCCAAACUGAUGAGUGUUGUUGGAAAACAUAGUAAAAUCGUCAAAUAUAUCGAGACCAUCAUUCAUCAUUAUGAAUCCGUAUUGCGUAUCGCACGGAAAGAUGCAAUUAUGGCGAGUGAAGACAUUUAUAACAAGAUUUUUAAAACUGAUAUUUACAAUAUUAAGACUUUUCAAAGAAUGUAUAUCUUUGCCGAUGCUAUAACGUCCACAGAGCUGCAAAAUAUCGGUAUUGAAUUUGCCCGAGCUCGUAAUGCCUUUCUCGCUAAUGAAAGCAUCGAAAAUGUACWCAUGACCAUAAAUGCAACGAAUUUUCGCUUCCAAAAAAUUACAAAGUUGCAGAACGCCAUGGAGAAUCUAAAGGCAGUUCAUGAGGAGCUAUUGCAAUUGCAAUUGGAAAUGUUGUCUCCGAUACAUUCGCCACCCAUAUUUCAACUGAAUAAAGCUAUGGAUAUGAUGAAAAUUGAUUGUGCUUAUAUUCAAACACCACAUAGUUUGGAUCCUUUCGAUAGUUUGUCUACCGAUAACAUCAUCUCCCAGGCGAUGAGCAUCAGUCAAUUAAUGGAGCAGGAAAUGGACAUUGAACACAGCUAGAAACCCUAGCAACUCAAUUGGAAAACAUCUGUGUUGGUGCGGCUUUGCAAAUUUGCUUAGGAUUGCAAUGUCA